GCGGCUUCUCCCGGUGUGUUCGCGGGCUGUCAUGGCGGCUCCCAGUGUCAGAUUGGUCUCACGGUGAAGUGUUUAUAUGAGGAUGAGCUGAGAGAAGAAACACAGAAACACACAUCUGACAGAAAUGAAUGUGAUGUCAUCAGUGAUGCGGGUGGCUCGGCGGCUUGUCCAUGCCGACCCGGUUCUGCUCAGCAGCUACCUGUCUCCGCCCCUCCUCUGUCCUGCCCGGAGCUCCGCCCGCCCGCUCACCUGUCAGCAGAACAGGAAGUAUGCUUCCAAACAGGUCAAAGGUCAGGCGAAAGGCCAGAAGGUCAAACCCAAAGUGGAGAAACAGGAAGUGGAGAUCACACAGAGGAUGACAGUGGCGGCUCUCGCCGAGGCCAUGAAGAAAGACUACGAUCACGUGUUGGAGGCUCUGCUCAACACCUCGGUGGAUCCAGAUUACCUGGAUCCGGACUCGGUUCUGGAGGAGAGGUGGAUUAAGGAGGUAGUGACUCGAUCAGGGAUGAAGUUCAAAUGGGCCAAACUGAGCGAGAGCAAACAGAGAAUCAACAGGGACGCCCACCCCAGACCUCCAGCAGACCCGUCCAGCCUGGUGCCCCGCCCUCCGGUGGUCACCAUCAUGGGUCAUGUGGACCACGGUAAGACCACCCUGCUGGACAGCCUGAGGAAGAGCCAGAUCGUCUCCACUGAGGCCGGAGGGAUCACACAGCACAUCGGAGCCUUUCUGGUCCAGUUGCCUACAGGUGAGAAAAUCACCUUCCUGGACACUCCAGGUCACGCCGCCUUCUCCGCCAUGAGAGCCCGCGGAGCCAACGCCACCGACAUCGUUGUCCUGGUGGUGGCGGCCGACGACGGCGUCAUGAACCAGACAGUCGAGUCCAUCCAGCACGCCAGGAGAGCCAAAGUCCCGAUAAUUGUGGCAGUGAAUAAGUGCGAUAAGCCUCAGGCUGACCCUCAGAGAGUCAAACGGGAGCUGCUUGCUCAUAAUGUCAUUUGUGAGGAGUUUGGAGGAGACGUCCAGACAAUCCACGUCUCUGCUCUGAAGGGCGACAACCUGCUGGCUCUGGCCGAGGCCACGGUGGCACUGGCGGAGGUUCUGGAGCUGAAGGCGGAGCCGAGCGGCUUCACGGAGGGAAUCAUCAUCGAGAGUCGAACCGACAAAGGCAAAGGUCCUGUGACCACGGCCAUCGUCCAGCGGGGGAUGCUGAGGCGAGGCUGUAUCUUGGUGGCGGGAAAGAGUUGGGCCAAAGUUCGUCUCCUGUUCGACGAGAACGGGCGGGCGGUGAAUGAGGCGGGGCCGAGCUCCGCGGUGGAGGUGGUCGGCUGGAAGGAGCUGCCGUCUGCUGGAGAGGUCAUCCUGGAGGUGGAGUCUGAGCAGCGGGCGAGGGAGGUGGUGGAGUGGAGGAGCUCGGAGGAGGAGCAGCAGAAGCUGCAGGAGGAGCAGAGCGCCAUCGAGGUCAAACAGAAGGUUCACCUGGAGGAGUACAGGAGGGAGAGGGCGGAGCUCUCUCACCUGAGCUGGAGGCAGAGGAAGGCCGCUCUGUACCAAGCCAACAAGACCAAGUUCUCCAUGAGGCCGAGCGAGAGGACGCAGGACAACCAGCUGAGACUGCCGCUCAUCAUCAAAGGUGACGUGGACGGCUCGGUGGAGGCCAUGUUGAACGUCCUGGACAGUUACGACGCUCAGCAGCAGUGCGAGCUGGAGGUCGUUCAUUUCGGCAUCGGAGACAUUUCAGAGAAUGAUGUCAACAUGGCCGAAACGUUCGCAGGUUCCAUCUACGGCUUCAAUGUCGGCGCCAGCAGGGUUGUGCAGCAGCUGGCGGCGAAGCGUGGUGUCCCGCUCAGACUCCACUCCGUCAUCUACAAACUGAUCGACCAGCUGAAGGACGAGCUGAGCGGCAAACUGCCGCCGCUCGAGUCCGAGAACGUCAUCGGUGAGGCGACGGUCCUUGCCAUGUUCGAAGUCUCUGUUGGGAAGAAGAAGGUUCCUGUGGCCGGAUGUCGGGUCCAGAAAGGUUUGCUGGACCGCCGACUCCAGUUCAGACUGAUGAGAGGACAAGACAUUGUCUGGGAGGGUUCUCUGUUGGCGUUGAAGCAUCACAAGGACGAUGUUCAAACAGUGAAGACGGGGAUGGACUGCGGUCUGUCGGUUGAAGAUGGCGUGGACUUCAGGCCAGGUGAUGUCAUCGUCUGUUUCGAGAACCUGGACUCUCCGCAGGUCACUUCCUGGAACCCCGGCUUCUAACGGCGCCUUCCCAUCAUUCCCUG